AUGGCGUCGCUGAGCGGCCUGGCGUCGGCGCUGGAGUCGUACACGGGUCGGGACCGCCUGAUCCGAACUCUGGGGUACUGCUGCCAGCUGGUCGGUGGGAUCCUGGUCGAACAAUGUCCUGCCAGGUCCGACGUGGGGACACGCCUGCUGGUGGUGUCCUCCCAGCUCAGCCACUGCAGGACCGUCCUGCGACUCUUUGAUGACCUGGCUAUGUUCAUCUACACUAAGCACUAUGGCCUGGGGGCAGAGGAGGAGGAUGUCCUUGUCCGCUGGAUGUCUGUCCUGGGCAACAUGGCCGACCAACUCUACUACCCCUGUGAGCACGUUGCCUGGGCCGCCGAUGCCGGGAUCAUCCAUGUGGACUCUUCCCGGUGGUGGACGCUGAGUACAGCCUUGUGGGGCCUCUCCCUGCUCCUGGGAGUCCUUAGGUCCCUGCGGGUGCUGCUGAGGCUGAGACGGACGCUACGGAGCCCUACGGUGGCCUUCACCAGCCGGCUGCCCCGGAGCAAGCGGAGGGCCAUCGAGGCGCAGAUGCAGUCGGAAGUGCUGACGCUCCUUAGCAACCUGGCCGACCUGGCCAAUGCUGUGCACUGGCUGCCCCCGGGCGUCCUGUGGGCCGGCCGCUUUCCCCCGUGGCUGGUGGGCCUCAUGGGCACUGUCUCCUCCGUCCUCAGCAUGUACCAGGCGGCCCAGGCCAGCAGCCAGGCCGACGCUGCCACCCCCUGACACAGCCACGGCCCACAAAGGGCACCUUCCCACCAGGCAGAGUCGCCCCUCCUUUGAGUCACCUGUGCCCACGGGUGGGCUGGAAGGGCUGGGCAGGGUCCCCCAGGGCCAGCCUGGGUCUCAGUGGGGGAGGCAUCUCUCAGCGCCACAGGGGAGGACCCCGGGGCUCUCGAGCCCUGAAGAGGCCUGGAGGCCGACCUGGGUCAAGGCAGAGCCUCCAUCCACCAUCCUGGGUCUCAGGUCCAAAUAAAGGCCAACAGGAGGGCGUACGUUGUACUUUGGGAAAGCUGGAAUGAGGGUGAA